GUCUCUACUUGCUAGGGAUUAUCAAUGUGAUGCUGAUGUGUUUCCUGGUUGCUGAUGAAUCAGCUAAUAAGAAUCUUGUCUAAAGGAGAAAAGCCUCUUCUAUUGGUAGGUCCUCUCACUUCCGUUCCUCCUUUUCCUUUUCCUCCGAUAGCUACUCAUUAUCUUCCUGCAAAUGGUCAUGUGACAGAGUGCAAGGGUAGCUCUGCUCUGACGCCCUUUAAGAGUGUUGUUGGCUUCCUCCAGAGUUGGUGGGAAAGGAGAUUUGGAAGAAGAUGGGUGAUUGAUUUAUGUAUACGAAAAAUUAUGAGGAUUUUGCUCGAUUUUGAGAUCGUCGAGAAGAUGCCCAGGGCUGAAAAUAAGCUCCGAAAGCACAUACAUUGUUGUUGUCUUCUCCUCAGAGUGCUCUACUCAAGUUUUUGUUUCACCCUUCAGGUUAGUUGUUCAUUCAAAUUAUUGAAGCUUAAGUUACCAAAAAAAUAAUUAGUAUCAUAGUUUUAUGAUAAUUAAUGAACUAUUCAGAGGCGAUAAGAGCAAUUUUAUUCGCUAGACUGACAUUGUUAAUCUGUAAUUUUGUUACUAUAUAGACAAUUUUAGCAUAUACAUUGAUCCUUUUUCAUGUGAUUUUACAUGUGAGUUUUGAA